AUGUGUUGCAACUACUACAGAAACUCAUGUGGUAGCUCUGGCUAUGGCUGUGGCUAUGGCUCUGGCUACGGCUGUGGCUAUGGCUCUGGCUAUGGCUGUGGUUAUGGCUCUGGCUACGGCUGUGGCUAUGGCUCUGGCUACGGCUGUGGUUAUGGCUCUGGCUACGGCUGUGGUUAUGGCUCUGGCUAUGGCUGUGGAUAUGGCUCCAACUAUGGUUGUGGAUACGGCUCUGGCUACAGCUCUAGCUCUAGUUGCUGUGGCUACCGGCCAUUUUGCUAUAGAAGAUGUUAUUCUUGCUGCUAG